GCGGUUUGGGUGCGGUUUGCUAUGGCUUGUGCGGUGCGCCACAGCCUGCGCGAUGCCCAAGGGCGCGCGAAGCCCCUAUGGCGUCCGCGGUACUCAACGGUGCGCGCAAUGCCCUACGGGGCUCGCGGUGCCUUGGGGUGCGGUGUCCUACGACUAUCGCGGUACCCCAUGGCCUGCGCUACUCUGUGACAUCCACCACUACUCUGUGACCUCCACCAAUACCGUCGAGGUUCUUGCCACUUCCGUUUUCACGGUGGCGGUGGCGAUCCUAUGCUCUCUAUGGUUAUCUAUUCAUCUCCUUGUCUUACCAUGCUAUCCUUCCUUCCCCUCGCAUGGGUCCUCUCACUUCCUCUUGCAUGGGAUCUUCCUCCUUGACACGAGAUCCCUCACCUCCGGUUGCAUUGGGCCUACCAAUCACGUCUGUUUGCUGUAUCAGUCUACCAUGUUUUCUGCACGGCUUUCGGAAUAGACUUAUGAUCUUCUUAUCUUC